GUCAUUCCAAAACCCCCAAACCCUAACCCUAUUCCCAUCGUUCACUGAUUCAAUCAAUCAAUCGCUUCUCUCUCCCGCAACCAUGCCUAACCCUAGAGUUUUCUUCGACAUGUCCGUCGGCGGCCAAUCCGCUGGACGCAUCGUCUUCGAGCUUUUCGCCGAUGUCACUCCAAGAACCGCUGAGAAUUUCCGUGCUCUCUGCACCGGCGAGAAAGGUGUUGGACGUAGCGGAAAGCCACUCCACUACAAGGGAUCUUCCUUCCACCGUGUGAUCCCUAACUUCAUGUGUCAGGGAGGUGACUUCACCGCCGGAAACGGUACCGGAGGAGAAUCGAUCUACGGUUCCAAAUUCGCUGACGAGAACUUCGUCAAGAAGCAUACCGGUCCUGGAAUCCUAUCCAUGGCUAACGCUGGUCCCGGAACUAACGGAUCUCAGUUCUUCGUCUGCACCGCCAAAACCGACUGGCUCGAUGGGAAACACGUCGUGUUUGGUCAAGUUGUUGAAGGAUUGGAUGUCGUGAAGGAGAUCGAGAAGGUUGGAUCUGGAUCUGGCAAAACCUCUAAGCCUGUGGUGGUUGCUGAUUGUGGUCAACUCUCUUAGAUGAUGAUGAUGUUGACUCUUUUGGCAUUUUCUAUUAUGGUGGCUCUGAAUUUUAAUUUGAUAAAAAAAAACUCUAGUGUUUUGUUAUUCGGUGUCGUUUUGAUGUUUUUGUCUGUGUUUUAUGGAUUGUGGUGGUGGUGCUAUUUCUGGAUCAUGUUGAACCCCCUUCCUUUUAUUGUAGUUGAGUUGAGUGAGUCUGAGUCUUGUUAUGCUAAAUAUAAACAAAUGAUGAGCUACCUUCAAUAAAUUAGGAUUAUCAUAUUUAA